CUUUCGUGAAGCGGCACAUUUUAGCAGGAAAGCAAAUUUACAGAAAAUUACUGUAUUUUAGUGCGGUACUUGCGAUCAAAAUGGAUAUCCGACCAAACUACACAAUCUACAUCAACAACCUGAACGAGAAGAUCAAUAAGGAGGAGCUGAAGAAGUCGCUCUACGCUAUAUUCUCCCAGUUCGGCCAAAUACUAGAUAUCGUCGCGUACAAAACGCUGAAAAUGCGCGGCCAAGCGUUUAUCAUCUUUAAGGAAAUCUCCAGCGCAACGAAUGCGAUGCGUACGAUGCAAGGUUUCCCGUUUUACGACAAACCGAUGCGCAUCAACUAUGCUAAAACCGACAGCGAUAUGAUUGCGAAGCUGAAGGGAACCUUCCAGGAGCGGCCGAAACGCGUGCGGCAACCGAAACCGGUGCAGACGGAGGACAAGAAGGCGAAGAAAUUGAAAAGUGCCGGUGAAGUGGGUGCGACAAACAAUUCGGCCACCGCCGAGCAGCCGCCGAAUCAAAUCUUGUUCCUUACGAACUUGCCGGAAGAAACGAAUGAGAUGAUGCUGUCAAUGUUGUUCAAUCAGUUCCCGGGUUUCAAGGAGGUUCGUUUGGUUCCGAACCGGCACGACAUUGCGUUCGUGGAGUUUGCGACGGAAUUGCAGAGUGGUGCGGCACGAGAAGCUCUGCAAGGAUUUAAGAUUACACCGACCCACGCCAUGAAGAUAUCGUUUGCGAAGAAGUAAAUCCUCUCCGUAUUUAGCCUCUCUGGUUGAUCUUAUUUUAUUACACCAGUGGAUCAUCGGAUGUCGAUGCAGCCACAGGUAAAUUUUAUAAUGUACAAUUGAACUUGAACUGAACUGCUUACAAUAAACCAUGCAUUAAGCAUUGCACUUCCGCUAUAUCAUGGUAUUGUCGGUUUGGUGAUUGCUUAGUAUGUAACCCGGAACAAAAUCGAUUGUGUUUUAUUGUCCGUUUAGAUCACUGCUCGUGGGUAUGAAAUGUGUUGUGGGAAUGUUGGGGUAUAACUUAUUCUAUUUACAGAUAGUCAUGUAGUCUCGUCCUGUGCGGCCUAUCGUCGAAUGAACCACGAACUCUAACUGAGUUGUUCCUGAGUGUAGCCAACGGUCGGAAGAGUACGACGACUGGGGCAUGUGAUGAGAGGUGGUCAACGAUUCGAUCAGCGCGAGAAAACGGGGCACCAUUGGCUAGAUAUAAGGGAUCCGAUUGGUGACCUGGCCAAAU